ACCGGGGCCGUUGCUUCAAGCCGAGGGGCGAGGGGUGGGGGCUUGGUCGGAACAGUAUCGACACCUUAGUACCGAGCAGCCCAUCACUACCCGGAAGUAAACGGAAGCUCGAUGUUGUUUCCCUUCGACAGGAGUUGUGCGUCGCUACUUUGUAACCCUUAGGAAGGACCCAGGUGCUAAUAGCUAACCUCUUUGGGCAGAGUAUCGCUUUUACCCCACCAAGAUGUCAAAAUGUGAUUUGUUCAGAGAAUUUAUCCGUGAGAGACUAACAACUGCAGCUUUGGAGAUUUUCGGGGCCUUUGAAAAAACGUUUGCUGAGUUCCAAGAAGAAAUCUAUAAUUCCAAGGAGGAGAGCGCGCGGCUUAAACGAUUGUUGGACAUUGUUACUCCACCGGAGAUCAAGAUACAACGAACAGACUUCGUGGAACGCUGCCACGAGCUUGCAAACGUAUUGAAUCGAACGUCAAGGAAGGGCGGAGUGGAGUUGUACCCAGUGGCGAAAAUCUGCCAUGAAUUUUGGGGGGACAUUGUCUCAAGAGCAAUUCCCGAAGAUGUGCAGCAAUUCCCUCUCUCGGAGCUCCCACAGAUUAAAGAGGAACAGGAGCUGUGGACCAGUCAGGAGGAAGAGCUGCUCCAAGGACUGCAGUCUGAAACUACAGAUCCUAGAUUUAAAGAAUCCACGUUUUUAAACAUCAGAAUGUCUCAAUUAAAUGUGAUAAGAGAACUUUUUGGUGAAAUACUGACAACAGCAGCUUUGAAGAUUUACUGGGCCGCUGAGAAACCAUUUGCAGGGUACCAGGAAGACAUCUCUCGUUCCAAGGAGGAGAGUGCACGGCUACAACGGCUGUUGGACGUUGUUACUCAACCUGAGAUCAAGCUACAACGAAUAGAUGUGCAGCAGCUCUCUCUCCCGGAGCCCCCACAGAUUAAAGAGGAACUGGAGCUGUGGACCAGUCAGGAGGAAGAGCAGCUCCAAGGACUGCAGUCUGAAACUACAAACUCCAUAUUCACUUCUCUCAGUGUGAAACAUGACUCUGAUCAGGAGGACUCCUCUGAAUGUUCACAUCUUCACCAGACUGUUAAAGUGGAAAACAGAGAAGGAGACUCUCUACCCACCAACACAACUGAGGAGCAAAUCAAAGCAGAGCCUGAUGGACAAAACUGUGCAGCACCAGAACCAGGCAGUGACUCUCAGCCCCUCUCUGUUGUAGCUGCAGACUGUCCUGCAGCUCAGACUUUGGAGGAGGAGGAAAAUGGAGGAGUGAUGCUUUUACAGAACAGAACACAAAAUAAUGAGGCUCUUUCAAGGGACAAUAGACCACAGGGAAGUCACAUAGAGAAGCCUCAUCAGUGUCAACAAUGUGACGACCGAUUUGCUGGCAAAAGUAGUCUUGUAGGUCACAUGAGAAGACACACAGGGGAAAAACGUUUUCAAUGUCAACAAUGUAACAAACAAUUUGCUCAGAAAGGUCAUCUUGUUAAUCACAUGAGAAUACACACAGGAGAGAAACCUUUUCAGUGUCAACAAUGUAACAAACUAUUUGCUCAAAGAGUAAAUUUUGUUAGUCACAUGAGAACACACACAGGAGAAAAACCUUUUCAGUGUCAACAAUGUAACAAACAAUUUGCUCAUGAAAGUAAUCUUGCUAGGCACAUUAGAAAUCACACAGGAGAGAAGCCUUUUCAGUGUCAACAAUGUUACAAACAAUUUGCUCAGAAAGGUCAUCUUGUUUGUCACAUGAUAAGACACACAGGAGAGAAACCUUUUCAGUGUCAACAAUGCGAAGACCGAUUUGCUUACAAAAGUGUUCUUGUUACUCACAUGAGAAGACACACAGGAGAGAAACCUUUUCAGUGUGAACAAUGUAACAAACAAUUUGCUCAUGAAAGUAAUCUUGCUAGGCACAUUAGAAAUCACACAGGAGAGAAGCCUUUUCAGUGUCAACAAUGUUACAAACAAUUUGCUCAUGAAAGUUAUCUUGUUAGUCACAUGAAAAUACACACAGGAGAGAAACCUUUUCAGUGUCAACAAUGUAACAAACAAUUUGCUCAGAAAAGUCAUCAUGUUCGUCACAUGGUAAUACACACAGGAGAGAAACCUUUUCAGUGUCAACAAUGUGACGACCGAUUUGCUUACAAAAGUAAUCUUGUUAGGCACAUGAGAAAAACACACAGGAGAGAAACCAUAGUUUGAAUGAUGUAAUUUUCUAAAACUGGUUGUUCCGAUACUUGAUUGUGAUUGCUUAUAUCGUGUUCCAUGCUAUUGUAAAUUCCAGUAUUACCUUUCAAGUUGUCCUCAUAACAUUCUAUUACAACGUCCCAUAUUACUGCACAUCGAAUAUUUCAAAUAAAAAAAGAUGUUACAAGGUAGUAAUCAACCUAGUCGUACAGAGAAUGGCUAGCCUGGCUGCUAGCCCAACUUCUCCCCGCCCACUAAAAGAUUUGUUCGGGAAGUUGGGA